GGAAAAUACCAGCAAAAUGCGCGUCAAGGCCGAGCACAGUUCCUGCGAGCAGGAACACAGCUACAUAGAACCCCAUCCUGUAAGUCGUAAAGCGGACGGUCAUGGCGGGUUAUUCCGAUGGAUUCGUGAGUGCUGCGGGUGAUAUGUGCAAAAUAAACAGGGAGGCUCGCUGGGUGCGUGUAAGCAGUGGUGGCCGUAAUGAAAACCAGGCUGCACGUCCCAGAACGUCAAUGAUGUUUCGCGAGUGGCCGAACAUUCCCACGUGAUCCUUCCCACUGAUCGGCACGGGUUGGAUUGUUAUCUUUAAUCUUAUCGGCCUCUCAAUUGGGUCUGACUCGAUUUGGCUAAAGAUUUUGGAUUUAACCUGAGCCAACAUGCCUGUCUUCUUACCUCUCGUCGAGGAGCCCGAGAGCGAACUGUUCGACUCCCUCCGUCGAAUUGGGCCCGUCGUGCUCCCUUCCACACUUUCUCCAUCUGCUUCGCCGUCAUCUCCCACCUACGUUCUCGUCGAAGCAUCCCAGCCAUUUGUCUUGGAAGACCCAAUCUCGUGGUUGGACAAUGGAAUCGAGAAGCUGAUUGUUCCACUAUCGUGGGCGAAGGAGCUCAUCGAACUCAUCUCGGCGGAUCGACUAUUGCUGCUGUUGGAUGUCGGCAAUGUCAGCGCAGUGUCGGACAAAGUUCGCAACGCCGUCUCUGGUGUUCUGCUGAAAACCCCUUCGAUCGAUCUGGACCUCAUCUCGUCGGUAUCCACGUUUUUCACAGGAUCGGCGAUCUAUGUCUUGUCCAGUUCCUCCCUUCCCCCAGCUCCAUCACUCAUUCGCGGAUUACUCAGCAUUGGGGCGACUCCGGUUCUGCCGAGUUCCCAGCUGACAGUUUCGGAGACGACUUCGUCACAACUCAAUGUCGCGGAUGUCUUCCUUGCGCCUAUCGUGUCGGAUAGACCAGAUGGUUUGUUUCCCACCGUUGUCUGCACAGAAACGGGACAUUCUCUGGGUCUAGUCUAUUCUUCUUCCGAAUCUGUCAAAGAAAGCAUCCUUACUGGGAAGGGCGUCUAUCAGUCCCGCAAGCACGGCUUAUGGAGGAAAGGCGAGACUUCGGGAGCUGUGCAGGACGUGGUCAGCAUCCGUCUCGACUGCGACUCUGACAGCUUGGAGUUCCGGGUAGUGCAGCACGGAGCCGGAUUCUGCCAUUUGAACCGGCAAUCCUGUUUUGGAGAAGCCAAAGGCCUGUCUGCUCUCGAGCAAACACUACGGUCUCGACUGGCUACCGCUCCCGAAGGCUCGUAUACAAAACGGCUCUUCAAUGACCCUGAACUACUACGUUCGAAGAUCAUGGAGGAAGCCGAUGAGCUGUGCAGGGCGGAAGACAAAGGAGAGAUUGCUUUCGAGGCGGCUGAUUUGUUUUACUUUGCCCUGACGAAAUGCAUUGGGGCUGGAGUCGGGAUAUCGGAUAUCGAGGCUUCUUUGGAUCGCAAAUCUUUGCGUGUUACUCGACGGGCCGGGAACGCAAAGCCGCCAUGGACCAAGCCUGCUGCUGCUGCUGCUCUGUCUAGUGCGGAACCCACGCAAGUCGUGCCCGAGGACGGUCCCAUACGAAUGCACACCUUCGAUCUUCAGCAGAUCUCGCCUGAACAAAGGGCUGGGCUUUUGCGUCGCCCGGUUCUCAAAUCAGAUGAAAUGAUCAACCGUGUUCGUCCCAUCGUGGACGAUGUGCGACUGCGUGGGGAUGCUGCACUGCUGGAACUCACCGCCAAAUUCGACAAGGCAGAGAUGACGUCGACGAUCAUCCGCCCGCCUUUUGCCCCUGAGAGGAUGGAAAUCGAAUCAACCGUGGCGCAGGCCAUCGAAACCGCGUAUGCGAAUAUCAAAAAGUUCCACGAAGCGCAGGCCGACGAUGCGACGCUGCGGGUCGAAACCAUGCCGGGCGUUGUAUGCUCGAGAUUCGCGCGGCCGAUUGCGCGUGUCGGGUUGUACGUCCCUGGCGGGACAGCCAUCCUGCCCUCGACAGCACUCAUGUUGGGCAUCCCGGCGCAAGUCGCAGGUUGCCGGGAGAUUGUGAUCGCCACUCCUCCUCGACCGGAUGGAUCGAUCUCUCCCGAAGUCAUGUAUGUGGCCAACCUCGUGGGUGCAUCGGCCAUUUUGAAGGCUGGUGGGGCUCAGGCUGUUGCCGCGCUUGCAUAUGGCACCGCCUCCGUCCCCAAAGUCGACAAGAUCUUCGGGCCUGGCAACCAGUGGGUCACUGCGGCCAAAAUGCUUGUCCAAAACGACACAGAUGCCCUUGUCUCCAUUGACAUGCCCGCUGGCCCCUCGGAAGUUCUGGUGAUUGCUGAUCACACUGCCGAGCCGGCGUUCGUUGCGGCGGAUCUCUUGUCCCAGGCCGAGCACGGCGUAGACUCCCAAGUUGUCCUGGUCGCAGUAGACUUGGACUCGGACAAAUUGGCGGCUAUUGAGCACGAACUCGAUGUCCAAGCUCACGCGUUGUCUCGUGUCGAUAUCGUUCGAAAAUCGAUCGGCAAGAGCAAUAUCGUCAAAGUCAAAUCUGUGGAGGAGGCGCUCGGAUUCUCAAACGAUUAUGCUCCUGAACAUCUCAUCAUGCACUUGGAAAAGGCCAGCGACCAGGUCCGAUUGGUGGAGAACGCAGGGAGUGUGUUUGUUGGUCCCUUCUCGCCGGAAAGGUGCUGCUGCACUCAGCUUGUCUUUCUUCUCUCUCUGACGCAGUUCCGCAGCUGCGGCGAUUAUGCUUCCGGAACAAACCACACCCUUCCAACAAACGGGUAUGCACGUCAAUUUAGCGGGGUCAACACGCUCUCGUUCCAAAAACACAUCACAUCCCAAGAAGUCACGGAAGCCGGUCUCAAGAUUCUCGGGCCAGUGGUAGCGACCUUGGCAGACUGCGAGGGCUUGCAAGCUCAUGCAAACGCUGUGCGGAUCAGACUAGCAAUCUAG